AGGCUUUUGCUUUUUCAAUCGGAAAGCAGAACCUUUUCUUUCAUCGCUUCGAGUAGCAGUCUCGAUAUUAAAUCGUUCAACAUGUUCAAGCUGUGCAUUCUCUCCGUUCUCCUAACUAUCGUAUACGCUGCACCUGCACCUGCGCCAGGAGCGGUUCUGGCGGCACCUGCGGCAAUUGCGGCAGUUCCAGCGCCCAUCGUGACAGCAAGUAGCAGCCAAGUGGUCGCUAGAAAUUACAACACGCUCGCCGCAGCUCCACUGGCUCCGAUCGCCUAUGCCGCGUCACCUCUAGCAGCUUACAGCACUCAUGCCGUUGCACCACUUGCACCUGCUGCGUACGCAGGAUACGCUGCCUAUUCCGCACCACUCCUCCUUCUCCAUUGGUUGUCGACAUCCGCGACUGAAGGAAGAAACGGAAAAAGAAGAAAUCGCGGCCUAGCGCACGUUCGUUUUCUGCUUGAGACGAGGCGACGCCCUCUUCGAAGGUGCGUUAAGAAAACGCAAAAGAGAGAAGGGAGGUGGAGGCCGAGGGAUUGCUUGCUCCUAUAUAAGACGAGAUAUGUCGUAUUUUCGAGUAUUAUCGUACUGACUGCAAGCCAGACAUAUACGAGCUCCAAGAUGUUCAAACUGUUGUGUUUGUUGGCCUUUUUGGCAUUCGCCGCGGCUGCGCCGGCACCGGCGCCCGCGCCAGCACCGGCACCGGCACCCGGGGCGAUUAUCGGCGCUCCACUUGUGACAUCCUACAGUGCUCCCAUCGUUUCCGCACCAUUAGCUUACAGCGCAUACAGCCUACCGACUUAUAGCGCGUACUCGGCAUACCCGGCCUUACCGUACGCGUAUAAGAGUUACGCGACUGGCCUAAUCGUCUAAGCACCGGACCAGGCAUUCAGGAGAUUAAGGACCAAUUUCCAUCGACACACCUCACAAAUCGAUCGAUCGAUGAUCAACGCCUACGAAAUCUUUUUCAAAAAUUAACCACGGAUUUCUGUUUCUCCGCGGUUCAUUCUCUUCAUCCCUUUCUCAUUCGUUCGAAUAACUCCGCAUUUACAUUCCAUUAGACCCAGAAUCAAUAAAGCCGCUUAAAAGCAA